UUCUUCUUCCACAUCUCUAAAUAUUGGAUUUUCUGGAGAAUGGCGAACCUGGGACUUAUGUGCGUGGUGGCGCUGGCGCUGACAGUGGUCGUCCUGAUGGUGAAGAACAGCAAUCUGCAGGGAGAGCUCUCGCAGAAAUCUAUUCAGCAUGAUAUCACAAAGAAGGAUCUGCAGAAUGAACUGAACAAGGAGGUAGAUCGCUACCAGACUCUCAGGAAUGAACUCACUAACAGUAAUAAGAAACUCGCCGAAACAGAAGCUAAACUAAAGGAAUCUGACGCUGAAGUCAGUAGAACUUUCGCAACGUUAACGGACACAAACGAUUUGGUCAUGUCCCUGAAGAACAAAGUUCAGGAGAAGACUGAUGACGCGGCCCAGCUGAAGGACGAAAACGAGGGCUUACGCGUCAGAAUUGACGAGAUGAAGAAUGAGGUCCUGAAAGUAGAGGAGGAGCUGCAGAAACUCGGCGAAGAGAUCACGCAGCUAAAGACCUCGCAGACAAAAAAUCUACAGAAGCUAGAGGAAGCUGAAACUAGAAAUAGUGAACUGCAGAAGGACAGCGAUAUACUCUCCGAUACUCUAAAAAAGAACGAAGAACUGAUUACUGAAAAUAUUCACCUGAAGCAGAUCAUAGAAACUGUGUAUAAACUUCACGGAAAAACAGACAAAAACGAUGAACCAAAGGACAAGAAGAAAGAUAAAGAGGAAAAGACUCAAGAGAAGCAGGGAGAUGGAAAAGAAAAAACACAAGAGGAUGAAAAGGAAGAAAAGCAAGGAGACCAGAAAGAGAAAGCUGAAGAAGUUUCCCAAGUGGAAAAUGCUACUCCCGACGACGCCGCUGCGGAAAGUGACGGGCGAAUGACGAACGCAAUCUACGACAUGUUAGACAAUGAAGAGAAUCGAGCCGAAGAAGAAGACGGAGCUGAUGGCGAGACCACCGGCGAUAAUGAAAAUGCUGUUGGCGAGGAAGAAGAAGGGGCGGACGCAGGCGACCAGGAGGAAAGAUUUGAAGUAGUGUAUCCUGCGGAGGGCUUCCACACAGCCGCGGUGGACACGGUGGAGCCAAAGCUAAGUCAGUUAAACUCUUUCGCACCUCCAGAGGCGGAUAUGGACUCAAGCACUCCGCUGUAGUCCGACGGAAGAGCUCACGUUUUAUAUGUUUACAAAAUGAGAAACUGCUGGUCAAGUGUUUUAGAAGUGCAAGUGUUUGGAAUAUAUCAUUGAAGUAUUCAUACCAUAAACGAAAGGCAUCGAUUUAAUUUGCGAAGCACCGUCCAGAAAGAGAAAUGCUAAUCAAUACAUUCCACAUUUUAGCUCCAUACAUCCCCAUUAUCAAGAGGCAUAGUACCUACUAGGCCAAAUAUAAUUAUCUUUUGAUACUUUUAUAUAUAGUUACAGAAGACUAUUGAGCCUAAGGAAGUUCAACAAACGUUAAUAGAUUAUAAACUUAUUUAUUGUUGAGUGUUAAUUUUGUGUUAAUCUGUUUCUCACAAAUUUGUUAAGUUUGAAUAAAUUUGUGGUUCCGAA